AUGCACAAGGUAGCACAGUCAUCAAGAGACGCGCUAGAUGAGAAGUAUCAAGAUAUGGUGGUGGUAACUAAUGAUGAUCACGUUGAUGAUGAUAAUAGUGAUGUUGAUGACGAUGGUGAUGAUCUGGUUGAUGAUAAUGGUAAUAUUGAUAAUGAUGAUGUUCUUGAUGAUGCCUCUUCCUCGCCUGGUCUCUACCUCGCCUCUACCUCGCCUGGUUACCUCGCCUCUACCUCGCCUGGUUACCUGGUCUCAACCUCGCCUGCUUACCUGGCCUCUACCUCGCCCGGUUACCUGGCCCCUAGCUCGCCUGGUUACCUGGCCUCUACCUCGCCUGCCUCUAUCUCGCCUGGUGACCUGGCCUCUACCUCGUCUGGUUACCUGGCCUCUACCUCGUCUGGUUACCUGACCUCUACCUCGCCUGGUUACCUCGCCUCCACCUCGUAUGGUUACCUGGCCUCUACCUCACCUGAUCACCUGGCCUCUACCUCGCCUGAUUACCUGGCCUCUACCUCGACCGGUUACCUGGCCUCUACCUCGUCUGGUUAUCUGGCCUCUACCUCACCUGAUCACCUGGCCUCUACCUCGUCUGGUUACCUGGCCUCUACUUCGCCUGGUUACCUGGCCUCUACCUCGCCCGGUUACCUGGCCUCUACGUCGUCUGGUUACCUGACCUCUACCUCGUCUGGUUACCUGGCCUCUACCUCACCUGAUCACCUGACCUCUACCUCGUCUGGUUACCUGGCCUCUACUUCGCCUGGUUACCUGGCCUCUACCUCGCCCGGUUACCUGGCCUCUACCUCGUCUGGUUACCUGACCUCUACCUCGACUGGAUACCUCGCCUCCACCUCGUAUGGUUAUCUGGCCUCUACCUUGUCUGGUUACCUCACCUCUACCUCGCCUGGUUACCUCGCCUCUACCUCGUAUGGUUACCUGGCCUCUACCUCACCUGAUAACCUGGCCUCUACCUCGUCUGGUUACCUGGCCUCUACCUCAUCUGGUUACCUCGCCUCUACUUCGCCUUGUUACCUGGCCUCUACCUCGUAUGGUUACCUGGCCUCUACCUCACCUGAUAACCUGGCCUCUACCUCGUCUGGUUACCUGGCCUCUACCUCAUCUGGUUACCUCGCCUCUACUUCGCCUUGUUACCUGGCCUCUACCUCGUCUGGUUACCUGACCUCUACUUCGCCCGGUUACCUGGCCUCUACCUCGUCUGGUUACCUGGCCUCUACUUCGCCUGGUUACCUGACCUCUACCUCGUCUGGUUACCUGACCUCUAUCUCGCCUGGUUACUUCGCCUCUACCUCGUAUGGUUACCUGCCCUCUACCUCACCUAAUCACCUGGCCUCUACCUCGUCUGGUUACCUGGCCUCUACCUCGUCUGGUUACCUAACCUCUACCUCGUCUGGUUACCUGGCCUCUACCUCGUCUGGUUACCUGGCCUCUACCUCACCUGAUCGCCUGGCCUCUACCUCGUCUGGUUACCUAACCUCUACCUCACAUGAUCACCUGGCCUCUACCUCGUCUGGUUACCUAACCUCUACCUCGUCUGGUUACCUGACCUCUACCUCGUCUGGUUACCUGGCCUCUACCUCACCUGAUCACCUGGCCUCUACCUCGUCUGGUUAUCUGGCCUCUACCUCGUCUGGUUACCUCGCCUGGUUACCUGGCCUUUACCUCGCCUGGUUACCUGGCCUCUACCUCACCCGGUUACCUCGCCUGGUUACCUCUCCUCUACCUCGUCUGGUUACCUCGCCUCUACCUCGCCGGUACCUCUCCUCUACCUCGUCUGGUUACCUCGCCUUUACCUUGCCUGGUUACCUCGCCUGGUUACCUUGCCUCUACCUCGCCUGGUUACCUCGCCUCUACCUCUCCUGGUUACCUCGCCUCUACCUCGUCUGGUGA